AUGGCCCCUACUACUAUUUCUGAAACUUCUGUCCCCGCCGCUCCUGCUACUGGCAAGUCCGGUUACACCUCUGUCGAAGUCCUUUCUGACAAGACCAAGGUUGAAAAUGGUUUCCUCUACUCUUCUUACGCCUACCAGAACUCUGUUGUCGAGCAGGUUGAUGGAAAGUACAAGGUUACCCCUACCGAGGUUGACUACGAAUUCAAGCUUGAUCUCAGUGUUCCUAAGACUGGUCUCCUUCUUGUUGGUCUUGGCGGUAACAAUGGCUCUACUUUGAGUGCUGCUGUUGUUGCCAACAAGUACAAUAUUUCUUUUGAGACCAAGAAUGGUACUAUUGAGCCCAACUACUAUGGUUCCGUCACUCAGGCUGCUACCAUCAAGCUUGGUGUUGAUGCCAAGGGCAAGGACGUUUACGCCCCCUUUAAUGAGGUUUUGCCCUUCCUUCACCCUAAUGAUUUUGUCAUUGGUGGUUGGGACAUCAACAGUGCUAACCUUGCUGAGGCUAUGUCUCGCGCUAAGGUUCUUGAUUACGACCUUCAGCGCAAGGUUGGCAAGUAUCUUUCUGCUGUCAAGCCUCUUCCUUCUGUCUACUACCCUGAUUUCAUUGCUGCUAACCAGGGUGAGCGUGCUAACAAUGUUAUCCCUGGCUCUGACAAGUGGGAGCACGUUGAGCACAUUAGACGUGACAUUCGUGAAUUUAAGGAGAACAAUGGCCUUGAUAAGGUUAUUGUCCUUUGGACUGCUAACACCGAGCGCUACGCCGAUAUCGUUGAGGGAGUGAACGAUACCGCCGAGAACUUGAUCAAGUCCAUUAAGGCUUCUCAUGAUGAGAUUUCUCCUUCCACUAUUUUUGCUGUGGCUUCCAUCCUUGAGGGUGUUCCUUACAUUAAUGGUUCUCCUCAGAACACUUUUGUUCCCGGCUGUCUUGAAUUGGCCGAGAAGAAUAGUUCCUUCAUUGGUGGUGAUGACUUUAAGUCUGGUCAGACUAAGCUUAAGUCUGUUUUGGCUCAGUUCCUUGUUGAUGCCGGUAUCAAGCCUUUGUCUAUUGCCUCUUACAACCACUUGGGUAACAAUGAUGGCUACAACUUGUCUUCUCCUAAGCAGUUCCGCUCUAAGGAGAUUUCUAAGGCUUCUGUUGUCGAUGACAUGAUUGAAUCUAACCAGAUUCUCUACAACGACAAGAAUGGCAAGACUGUUGACCACUGCAUUGUCAUCAAGUAUGUUCCCGCCGUUGGUGACUCCAAGGUUGCCAUGGAUGAGUACUACUCUGAGCUUAUGCUUGGUGGUCACAACACCAUUUCUAUCCACAAUGUGUGUGAGGACUCUCUUUUGGCCUCUCCUUUGAUCAUCGACUUGGUUGUCAUGACUGAGUUCUUUUCUCGUAUUACUUACCGCAAGAAGGACUCUGAUGAGGAAUACCAGAAGUUCCACUCUGUUCUUUCCUUCCUUUCUUACUGGCUCAAGGCCCCUCUUACCCGUCCUGGUUUCGAUGCUGUCAAUGGUCUUAACAAGCAGCGUGCUGCUGUUGAGAACCUUCUUCGUGCCCUUGUCGGUCUUGGCCCCCAGAAUGAUCUCAAGUUUGAGGAGCGUCUUUGGUGA